AUGGGGAUGAUGCGCACGACCUUUUGGGUUGGCGCCGUGUCCUGCGGCCUCACGCUUCUGCAGAGCGGCCGACUCAUUGCCAAGCACCGGCGCCACUGGCACAACCCGCAGCAACAGCGCUGUAUUGUCGUCAUCAUCAGCAGCGUCCCCAUUUUUGCUGUCAAUGCAUUCGUGUCGCUUCUCAUCUUGCGCGGCAGCAAGACUGUCGGCCUGCAUGCACCCGAGUGGCUCGACCUCGUCCUCGACGGUGCCAAGGAGUGCUACGAGGCCUUCGGCAUCUGGUCAUUUCUCGAGCUGAUGCUGAGCUACACAGGUUGCGUGAGCGCUCCGAACGGCGCCGCAGUGGGCGUGCCCGACAAGCUGAAGGGCGUGGAGGUGCACCUGCCGUUUCCGCUGCCGCUCUUCUGCGGCGCCUCGCACUGGACCUUCGACAGGCGGGUCGCCGAUCGUCUGCGGCGGUGGGCGAUGCAGUUUGUGUACGUGAGGCCAAUCCUCGCCGUCCUGACAAUCACCGCGACGGGCCUCGGCGUGUACGAGAAAGUCUGGGUCUGGCUUCCCAUUUCGGUCGCGCUCAAUGUCUCGAUGACCGUCGCUCUCUACUCCCUCCUCCUCUUCUACCACUCCUUCGAGCGGGAGCUCUCGCGGGGGAACCAUUGGGGGGCCCACGCGUCCGACUGUGCGAACAGGCACCAGCGCCCGCUCGCCAAGUUCCUCUGCAUCAAGGGUGUCGUCAUGUUCUGCUUCUGGCAGGGCAUCGUUCUGCAGCUGCUCGAGGCCGCCGGCGUGGUGCGCGCGGGUCACUUCUUUGACCUGGCGGAGAGGAGCACGAUGAUCCAAGACGCGCUGGUCUCGCUCGAGAUGUGCCUCAUCUUUGCGCCGCUGCACGUCUAUGCCUUCUCCGCCGACGACUACCUGGAGGAGGGUGCGCCGGCGGGUAGCCCGAUGCCGUCGACGCCUGCCCAGCCCGUGGCGAAAAACAAGGAUGCGUGA